GUCCUUUUGAGGCUUACGUCACAAACAUGACUCGCUGAUGCUCUGUUCGUGGUGUUGCUCGUUUCUAGUAAAUUGUGGCCGAAAAUCCCAAUUAUGGCUCUGCGAAUGACACUCAAUCGGGCUGUAAAAGCCCUCUCCAACCAGCUGCCUCGAUCGCAGACUGCGUUAGCCCGGUGCCGGUCGACAGCGUCAGAUCCUGAGGCUACUGCGAGACAACCAUCAGCCGGACUGGCUUUUGAGUUGAGCGAUGAGCAGAAGGAGUACCAGGAGUUGGCUCGCAAGUUCACCAGAGAAGAGAUUAUCCCCAAAGCUCCUGAACACGACAAAACUGGCGAGUAUCCGUGGGAAAUUAUCAAGAAGGCGUUUGACCUCGGAUUGAUGAAUGCUCACAUUCCAGCCUCAGUUGGUGGUCUGGGCAUGGGCAUCUUAGAUUCCUGCAUCAUCGCGGAGGAGUUUGCUUACGGCUGCACAGGAAUACAGACGGCCGUCGAAGCCAACUCGUUAGGGCAAAUGCCAGUGAUAUUGGCCGGAAACCCUGAGCAGCAGAAGAAGUAUCUUGGUCGCAUGUUAGAGGAACCUUUGAUGUGUGCCUACUGCGUAACUGAACCCGGUGCCGGCUCCGAUGUGGCAGGAAUCAGGACACGAGCUGAGAAGAAAGGUGACGAAUACAUCCUGAACGGAGGCAAGAUGUGGAUAACUAACGGCGGCCAUGCUAACUGGUACUUUGUCCUGGCGCGGACCGUUUCCGAUCCCAAGGCACCGGCAUCCAAGGCCUUCACGGGGUUUGUUGUGGAGAGAGAAACCCCCGGAGUAAUUGUUGGCAGGAAGGAGUGGAACAUGGGACAGAGAGCGUCUGACACACGAGGCAUCACGUUUGAAGAUGUCAGAGUUCCUAAGGAAAACGUCUUACUUGGAGAAGGAAUGGGCUUCAAGAUUGCCAUGGGUGCCUUCGACAAGACCAGGCCUCCUGUAGCAGCAGGGGCUACUGGUCUUGCUCAGAGAGCCUUUGAUGAAGCCACAAAAUACUCCAUGGAAAGAAAGACGUUUGGAAGAUACAUCUGUGAGCACCAAGCCGUAGCCUUUAUGCUGGCUGACAUGGCCAUCGGUAUUGAAGCCUCACGUCUCAUGACUCAUCGCGCAGCCUGGGAGAUUGACCAGGGAAGACGUAACACCUACUUUGCUUCCAUCGCUAAAGCCUUAUCUGCUGACGUGGCUAACAAGAGCGCUACGGAUGCCGUGCAGAUCUUCGGAGGAAACGGCUUCAACAGCGAGUAUCCCGUGGAGAAAUUGAUGCGAGAUGCCAAGAUAUACCAGAUCUACGAGGGGACCGCCCAGAUUCAGCGUGUGAUUAUUUCCCGAGAGAUUCUCACCAAGGCUAAACAGAUGGCGGGCUAGAUAUCAGGCCAAAAGUGGGACAUGAGGGACUCCGUAGUACUGGAGGCCCAAAGUGAGUGUCGUGGACAUAUCAUGCAAAAUUUGGUGGAAGGUAAAAAAAGAGGAAAACAAAUCAACUUUCAUCACCUCGGGAAGAUUAAGUCAUUGGCAUAUCUCCUGUUAAAUUUGAGCUCAUCAGAUUUAUCUUUUUCAAGAUGUGUGUUAAUUGUCUAACUUUUGUGGGGUUUUUGUAUGCGUUGCAAUGCACUUAGCACCUCCAAUUUUAAGUCCAGUUGCCAACAUGUUACAUACGAUCCCUUGGUACUUAGUUUUGUCCUGUUUUAAUGUGAAGAUGCAACACAAGGGGGCGCUGUUGACAUUUUGGCAGUAUUUUAGAGAAGCUGAGGGGUUUGAUCAGUUGCUGCUCACUUAGGGUGCUCUUGUGUGGUAGUGUUGAAAAAGAGGCUCUUUUUAUAAGUUCUUGGCCCACACAGUAAAAAUGUCAAAGAGUCUUUCUUAUGCAAGUGUCGCCUCGCUUUCAAGAUGACAAUUUCGCACAUGUUGGCAACUGUUUUGAUUGGACAAAGCCUAAUAAUCGUAAUGAUUCAGACUUGGUUUAUAUGUGUUUGCAAGUUAAUAAUCAGAGGUUUACUUUUUGUCUUUGUCUAUUUAAGAACAAAUCCCAGUAUAGAGUACAAAAAUGUAGUUACGCUGCAAAAAAUAUAUACAAACAUUAGAAUUAGAGCACUCUGCACUGAUGAUUAAGAUCUCUGAAUCUUUGAAUAUAUGCAUUAAAUGGGACGUGAAGCUUGUAUCCUUAUGCAAGACACUUUACUCUAAUUUCAUUUUCUUCUAAACAGAAGUUAAGGACCUUUGAGGGUAGAAAAAAAUGGUAUUCAGUCUUGAAGUACUUCAUAAACUAUAAUCAUAUUACGAACAGGAAUAAUUGUUCUGUUUAAGCCCUGCAUUAUGAUUGCUUUUAUAAAUGAAAUGACUUCUGUACAUACACUGUCACUCUGAAGCACAGUGUACAGCCCUUGAUGGCUUGUAAAGUUAUAGUCUGUAGCAAUGUUGUUUUACUGGACAAUUCGUUCAUUCACUUUGAACUCUAGUCACCUCACCUAAUGAAAUAUAAAGCCAUAGUAACUGUAAUAUGUCAAGUCUGUGAGUCCUACAAAUUAAUGUGUUUCUGUUGUGUUGGAUGUAUUUUUGGUAUCCUCACAAUAACUCAAGUUACACUUGAUGUUUUGCUAUGAAAAACGUGGUACGUAACAUGCAUUGGUUUUACAUUUGGUUUACUACAGGGUGAGUAACAAAAAAGCGGAACCCAAACCCCCAAAACUAUAUUUUAUAUUUAAAAAAAUAUGUAGCACCAAAAAUUAAUAAUGGCUGGAAAGCCAAUUUCAUGAGCUACUUUAGAGAUGAAAACAAAUUCCUGAAAUUGCUCCAUCUGUUCAAAGAAUAUCACCAUUUACACGCAAUGACCCUAAAACCUGUUUCGUCCACAAAAAAAAAGCAACUGUAUUCUUACUGUUUAGAGCAACAAAGAAAAUGACACAGAAUACUUGUUUCAACAACUGUCAACUACUGUAGUACACAAUAUCUUUAUUAACAACCCUGUUAAGGCAAACAAUAUGAUUUAUAAUAUCCACUUUUAUUAUAAUAGGAGCUUGUAAUAUGACAAAGCAGAUACUUUCACAAAGAAUACAUGAACUUAGAUCGCAUGUACCUGUAUGUACAUUUUGUAGUUAAUUUUGAUCUUUUUGUUUGUGGUUGAUGGAUUAAAAAAAUUAAACAAUCUCAAUUUAUGCAUGAU